UGCUCCAGAGGGAGACAUGCACCCUUCCACAGCCUACUUCCUGCCCUCUGCCUCUCUGGAGAGCAACCUGGAUGAGGGGGUGACAUCAGAAGCCCCAGGACCCCUGCCCUCCCAGAAAUCACUGGAAACACUGCAGGGAUCUUCGCCCCCUGCGCUCCCUGACCAGGCCAGCGUCCAGCACACCCCGGCCCUCAGGAAGAGCCUGCCAUCCCUGAAGCAACUGAACUCGGCCCGGAGACAGCUGAGGCCCCUGAGCACCCCGACGACUCUACAGAGACUAAGGUCCCCCACCUCGGCCACCACAAAGCCACAUGUGCCCGGGGACCCUGAGCAGCCCACAGCGCCUGCGCCCCUGCAGAUCGUGCCCUUCGCCACGCUGGUGACCACGCUCCCAAACAGCCCAGAGCCCGCACAGGCCCCAGACGACAGCAGCCAGGGAGGCCCGAUGGAUAAGAGCGACAACGAGCUGACCGGGUCUGCCUCCGAGGAGAGCCAGGAGACCACCACGUCCACCAUCAUCACCACUACCAUCAUCACCACGGAGCAGGCCCCAGCUCUCUGCAGUGUGAGCUUCACUGACCCCGAGGGAUACAUCGACUCCAGUGAUUUCCCGCCUCAGCCCCUGGGCAGCUUCCUGGAGUGCACAUACAACGUGACGGUCUACACUGGCUACGGAGUGGAAUUGCAGGUGAAGAGUGUGAACCUGUCUGAGGGGGAGCUGCUCUCCAUCCGUGGGGUGGACGGCCCCACCUUGACAGUCCUAGCCAACCAGACUCUCCUGGUAGAGGGCCAGGUGAUCCGCAGCCCCACGAACGCCAUCUCUGUCUACUUCCGGACCUUCCAGGAUGACGGCCUUGGGACCUUCCAGCUGCACUACCAGGCCUUCAUGCUGAGCUGCAACUUUCCCCGCCGUCCUGAGGCUGGAGAUGUCACAGUGGUCGAUCUGCACUCGGGCGGGGAGGCUCACUUCCAUUGUCACCUGGGCUAUGAGCUGCAGGGAGCCAAGACUCUGACCUGCAUCAACGCCUCCAAACCCCACUGGAGCAGCCGGGAGCCCGUCUGCUCAGCCCCGUGUGGAGGAGCCGUGCACAACGCCACCAUUGGCCGAGUUCUCUCCCCCAGUUACCCUGGAAACGCCAACGGCAGCCAGCUCUGCGUGUGGACCAUAGAGGCUCCAGCGGGUCAGAAGCUGCACCUGCAUCUGGAAAGGCUGCUGCUUCAGGGAAAGGACAGGAUGAUUGUCUACAGUGGACUGACAAACGCAUCGGCCCUGCUGUACGACUCCCUCCGAACGGAAAGCGUGCCCUUCGAGGGCCUGCUGAGCGAGGGCAGCAGCAUCCAUAUCGAGUUCACAUCCGACCAGGGCCAGGCAGCCUCUGCCUUCAACAUCCGCUUUGAGGCCUUUGAGAAAGGUCACUGCUACGAACCCUACAUCCAAAAUGGGAACUUCACCACAUCUGACACCACCUAUAACAUCGGUGCCAUUGUGGAGUUCACCUGUGACCCCGGCCACUCUCUGGAGCAGGGGCCGGCCGUCAUUGAGUGUGUCAAUGUGCGUGACCCAUACUGGAACGACACGGAGCCUCUGUGCAGAGCCAUGUGUGGCGGGGAACUCUCUGCAGUGGCUGGAGUGGUGCUGUCUCCAAACUGGCCUGAGCCCUACGCAGAAGGCGAAGACUGUGUUUGGAAGAUCCACGUGGGGGAGGAGAAACGGAUCUUCUUGGACAUCCAGUUCCUGAACCUGAGCAACAGUGACAUCCUGACCAUCUAUGACGGUGAUGAGGUUGUGCCCCACGUCCUGGGCCAGUACUUCGGCACCAGCAGCCCGCAGAAGCUAUACUCCUCCACGCCGGACCUCACCAUCCAGUUCCACUCGGAUCCUGCCGGCCUCAUCUUUGGCAAGGGCCAGGGAUUUAUCAUGAACUAUAUAGAGGUGUCACGGAAUGACUCCUGCUCAGACUUGCCUGAGAUCCAGAACGGCUGGAAAACCACUUCCCACACAGAGCUGGUCAGGGGCGCCCGGAUCACAUACCAGUGCGACCCAGGCUAUGACAUCGUGGGGAGCGACACCCUCACCUGCCAGUGGGACCUGAGUUGGAGCAGUGACCCCCCAUUUUGUGAAAAAAUCAUGUACUGCACCGACCCCGGGGAGGUGGAACACUCCACCCGCCUCAUCUCUGACCCCGUGCUGCUGGUGGGCACCACCAUCCAGUAUACCUGCAGCCCCGGGUUUGUGCUGGAAGGGAGCUCGCUUCUCACCUGCUACAGCCGAGAGACGGGAACUCCCAUCUGGACAUCUCGUCUGCCCCACUGCGUCUCCGAGGAGUCCCUGGCAUGUGACAACCCUGGACUGCCUGAGAAUGGGUACCAGAUCCUGUACAAGCGGCUGUACCUGCCCGGAGAGUCCCUCACCUUCAUGUGCUACGAGGGCUUCGAGCUCAUGGGCGAAGUGACCAUCCGCUGUAUUCUGGGACAGCCGUCCCAUUGGAGCGGGCCCCUGCCCAUCUGUAAAGUUAAUCAAGACAGUUUCGAGCACGCGCUGGAAGUAGCAGAAACGGCAGCAGAGUCCUCGCUGGAAGGUGGGAGCAUGGCGCUGGCCAUCUUCAUUCCAGUCCUUCUCAUCUCCUUGCUACUGGGAGGAGCCUACAUCUACAUCACCAGGUGCCGACAAUACUCCAGCCUCCGCCUGCCCCUCAUGUACUCCCACCCCUACAGCCAGAUCACCGUGGAAACUGAGUUCGACAACCCCAUCUAUGAGACUGGGGAAACAAGAGAGUACGAAGUCUCCAUCUAACAAGAGCUGCCCCGGAAAGGGGGACUUUAGAGACGGACAUGCAGACAUGAGCUGUCGGGACCUCCUUGGAAAUCCAUCAGAGACCUCGUGGCACUGGGCUGAA